AUGUCGAUACUCAACAUUGUGGCCAGGGAGAUCCUGGAUUCUCGGGGAAACCCUACAGUGGAGGUGGACUUACACACUGACAAAGGUGUGUUCCGGGCAGCGGUUCCAAGCGGGGCGUCCACAGGGAUCUAUGAAGCUUUGGAACUGAGAGAUGGUGAUAAGAGUCGCUACAAGGGCAAAGGAGUGCUGAAAGCCGUCAGCCACGUUAAUGACACCAUCAGACCCGCUCUCAUCCAGUCUGGGAUCAGUGUGGUGGAACAGGAAAAGUUAGACAACAUGAUGCUUGAGAUGGAUGGAACAGAGAACAAAUCUAAGUUUGGAGCUAAUGCUAUUCUGGGAGUGUCUCUGGCCAUCUGCAAGGCCGGUGCCACAGAAAAAGGUGUCCCCCUGUACCGUCACAUUGCUGACCUGGCCGGAAACACAGAGCUGGUGCUUCCAGUUCCCGCGUUUAACGUGAUUAACGGGGGGUCACACGCGGGGAACAAGCUGGCCAUGCAGGAGUUCAUGGUCCUGCCGGUGGGGGCGGAGUCAUUCCGCGAGGCCUUGCGCAUCGGGGCGGAGCUUUAUCAGACCCUGAGGGGCGUGAUCAAAGAGAAGUACGGCCAGGACGCCAUCAACGUCGGGGACGAGGGGGGGUUCGCCCCAAACAUCCUGGAGAACAGCGAAGCUCUGGAGCUUUUGAAAACGGCCAUCGAGGAGGCUGGUUUCACAGAUAAGGUGGUGAUCGGGAUGGAUGUGGCGGCGUCUGAGUUUUAUCGUGAGGGGAAAUACGACCUGGACUUCAAAUCUCCCCCCGACGCCUCCCGCCACAUCACUGUCGAGGAGCUGUCUGACAUCUACCAGAGCUUCGUCAACAACUACCCAGUGGUGUCCAUCGAGGACCCGUUCGAUCAGGACGAUUGGCCGGCGUGGUCUCAGCUGACCGCUUCCAUGGGGAUCCAGAUCGUGGGCGACGACCUGACGGUGACGAACCCGCGGAGGAUAGAGAGGGCGAUAGAGGAACGCGCCUGUAACUGCCUCCUCCUCAAAGUCAACCAGAUCGGCUCCGUCACCGAGGCCAUACAGGCGUGUAAGCUGGCCCAGGAGAACGGCUGGGGGGUGAUGGUGAGUCAUCGCUCUGGAGAAACAGAAGACACGUUCAUUGCUGACCUGGUGGUUGGACUCUGCACUGGACAGAUAAAAACGGGUGCACCCUGUCGAUCCGAACGGCUGGCUAAAUACAACCAGCUCAUGAGGAUUGAGGAGGAGCUGGGAGACCAGGCUCGUUUUGCUGGUCAUAACUUUCGCAAUCCCAGUGCACUCUGA